AGCUUCCCAUCGCACUUGGCACAUGUGAAAGACCUUUGGGGUUGCCGACGUAAAUGCGAAUCCGCCUCUACAGGCACCACGAACUACCACCAUUUGUGUCGACCUGCCCGUGUCUACUUGCUUAGCAUUCGCCUUCGGCAUACGGGAAGACUCUGGCGCACGCGAGACCCUAGCGAUCCCGAGACAGAUUUCUCGAUUUCCCUCUUCCUUCUGCGCUCUGGUUUCCGCGCCCGUUCCCGCCAAAUUUCAUCCCCAACCCCACGACGACUCCGACCGCGACCGAACCUGCGAGCCCUGCCCUUUUCUCCAUUGCCUCCGAACCCCGAGCCGCCCGUGUAGGCGAGGAUGAGCCGAGAUGAGCAGAGCAGCGAUACAAUGGAACUAGAGCACGCUCCCGAGCCGAAGAGCUUGGUGCUGUCGGGGAAUCCGGGGGUGGAGGGCAACCAUCUGGCGUCUAACCCGCAGUACCGAAGUCGGCCGGUCACGGUAGCUGUAGACCCGGCGUCUCUGGUCAUAUCAGAAUGCAUAACCGUCACCUCGGCCAUGCGAAAGAACGCUCGGUGGGCGGGCUCGUCGGUGUCCUCCAUCCUCGGCGGCAACCCGAAUCCGGUCCAACUGGGACCCCCUAGUCCCCUCUUACGGCCCGGCAGCAAAGGAUCCGUGAACAGCUUGGGGCCAGAGGGUGCCCAGGACUUUGCCGUCACCAACCGCUGGGGACUGCGGGGCAAGAAGGGCAGGAGCAUGCAGGAUAACCCCCUGAUGGCCGGGUUUGGCCGUCUUCGCCAUGAGCUGUCUAAUUGCAGAGCUAUUCACGAGUUCGACGCCCCGGCACUUCUCAAUCCAUUUCUCCAGGUUAUCCAAGCUUCCUCGACCUCGGCACCCAUAACGAUCCUCGCUCUAAAGGCAAUCCGAAAGUUCCUCUCGUACGGAUUUAUUAGCCCCGGAUCACCGCGAUUCCCUCUCGCCAUGCAGCUCCUAUCCACUGCGAUAACCCAUUGCCGGUUCGAGGCUAGCGACUCUGCCCAGGACGAGGUGGUUCUGCUGAUGAUAUUGCACCUCAUGGAGGAUAUGCUUUCCGGACCGGGCGGCGCGUUGCUUAGCGACGAGAGCGUGUGCGAGAUGAUGGAAACGGGCCUGACAAUGUGCUGCCAAUCGCGUCUGUCUGAGCUGCUUCGCAGGACAGCGGAGGCGGCUAUGGUCCGCAUGUGCCAGAUCAUAUUCGAACAUCUGAAACAUCUUGAGGUGGAGGCCGGUGACGACUUGGAGGCGCUAGAUAACCAAGCAAACGGCGGUAUGGAGGGUGUUAAGAUGGUUCCAUCCACAAAUGGCAAUGAUGUUAUUGCUUCUUCCGACGCUCCUCCUACUAACGAACCGCGGUCGUCGUCCGGGUCCGAGAAUACCUCUAACGAGUCGGAAGAGAAACCCGUGGAGGAUGAAGAGCCCUCUGAUUCCGACGAGUCGGGAGAGAUUAAGCCCUAUUCCUUGCCGUCGAUGAAGGAGCUAUUUAGGGUGUUGGUCGAUCUUCUUGACCCCAACGACAAACAGCAAGGGGAUACGAUGAGGGUCAUGGCACUGCGCAUUAUUCAUGUUGCUCUAGAAGUUGCUGGCCCGUCUAUAGCGAGACACCCAGCCCUAGCUGUAGUCGCCGAAGAUCGCUUGUGCCGACACCUUUUCCAACUUGUCCGCUCUGACAACAUGGCUAUCCUGCAAGAAGCACUCAUCGUUGCCGGGACGCUAUUUGAGACCUGCCGGGGGGUCCUAAAACUCCAACAAGAGCUGUUCCUGUCUUACCUAAUCGCCUGUUUACAUCCGCCAGUCGAAAUACCGCGAGAGCCUAAUAUUGAUCCCUCACUAUACGACGGGAUUCCGCAGAGGCCGAGCGGCUCCAAGCCUCCCCCGUCGCAAGGGGGUAGCGGUAGAUCCACACCAGUUCCCGUCAAAGACCGACAAAAGCUCGGUAUGGAGGGGGGUGCGCGAAAACCAGAUGCCCGGCAAGCUAUGGUAGAAAGCAUUGGCGCUCUGACUCGAAUGUCAACCUUUCUGGUUGAACUCUUUGUCAACUACGAUUCUGAUGCAAACCGGGGCAACUUAUGCGAAGACAUGAUCGGGCUACUCUCGCGGAGCGCGCUCCCUGACUCGGCGACCUGGAGCACAACUAGCGUGCCCCCCCUUUGUCUCGAUGCGCUGCUCGGUUUCGUUCAGUCCUUAGCAGACCGGCUAGACGACGAGACAGUCUCGGAGGGACUACCGGACCAGGCAGCUCUCCGAGAAGAGAGGCGGAGAAAGGGAAUCAUUAUUAAGGGCGCCACCAAGUUUAACGAAAAGCCCAAGGACGGUCUAGGCUAUCUUAAGGAGCAGGGAAUCAUCGACGACGACCCAAUAUCGGCUGCCAAAUUUUUUAGAAGCACGACUCGAGUUUCCAAGGCAGUUCUCGGGGAGUUCUUGUCUAAAAAGGGCAACGAUCGGUAUCUGGAGGCCUUCUUGGACCUUUUUAACUUCUCUGGCAAGCGCGUCGAUGAAGCCGUACGACUUCUUCUCGAGAGCUUCCGGCUUCCCGGUGAGUCGCCGCUUAUCGAGCGAAUAGUGACCGCUUUCGCGAAGAAGUAUUUCGCUACGUCGAACUCGGACGUGGUCGCGAGCGAGGACGCCGUGUUCAUCCUUACCUACGCAAUCAUCAUGCUCAAUGUCGACCAGCAUAGCCCAAAGCUCAAGGGCCAGAAGCGCAUGGAAAUCGUAGACUUCGCGCGGAAUCUGCGCGGUGUUAACGGCUCGAGGGAUUUUCCUCCCGAAUUCCUCGAGACAACGUUUGAGGCCAUCAAGUCUAACGAGAUCAUCCUCCCUGAUGAGCAUGAUAACAAGCAUGCAUUCGACUAUGCCUGGAGGGAAAUGUUGCUGAAAACCGAAUCUGCCAGCCCGCUGGUAGUUUGCGAUACCAACCUCUACGAUGCAGAUAUGUUCGCCACGACGUGGAGGCCGAUCGUUUCGACAUUGUCUUAUGUGUUCAUGUCGGCGACGGACGACGCAGUCUUCUCCCGUGUGGUCACCGGGUUCGACCAAUGUGCCCGGAUUGCCUCCCGAUACGGAAUUACCGAGGCCCUAGACCGCAUCAUCCAGAAUCUCAGCUACAUGACCACGCUGGAUACGGACGGAUUAUCGAACACGGCACUUAAUACGGAGGUCAAAGUCUCUGAUGACAGCGACAGCGUUAUGGUUAGCGAACUUGCCGUUAAGCUCGGUCGGGAUUUCAAGGCCCAACUCGCGACUCUCGUCCUGUUCCGUGUCGUCAAGGGGAGCGAGCACGUUAUCGGUCACGGCUGGCACCACAUAAUUCGCAUCUGGUUGAAGCUCUUUGUCAACUCUCUCAUCCCCUCCUUCUUCACCGACGAGUCCGGGAAGUUUCCCAAAAUUCCCCUCCACACGCCAUCCCAGGUUAUCGACCGAGCCGCGAAGACCGCCGAGACGGGCUUGUUUUCGGCGCUAUCUUCGUAUAUCUCGAGUUAUGCUGCCGACGAUCCCCCGGAGCCCUCAGCCGAGGAGGUCGAGAGUUCACUCAGCACAGCCGAUUGCAUCAAGGCCUGCGAUCUGGGGAGCGUCUUCUCCAACAUCUCGAGCCUAUCUACGGACUCCCUCUCACGACUAGUAGAAGCCCUGUUAAGCGAGCUACCCGAUGAUGAAAGCUCGAGUGUGCCCGUUAUUACGGUGAAGCCGGAUAGCUUGCCUUCCUCGCCUACUAGCGGGUCUAAACCGGAAUCUAGGAGACCUAUAUACGACCCUGCCGUAGUCUACAUUCUAGAAUUUUGUACCGUCCUCGCGUUACGGGAUAGCACGACGGUCGAAUUGCUCGGAAAGUCUGUCGCAGAGGCCCUCCAGAUGUUCUUGCGCGACUCUAUUCAACAUCACCAUAUCCUCGUUUCCAGAGCGGCUUAUUAUCAGUUUAGCAUACUAAAAGCAAGCUACGAACAUGACUUCGUGCGAGCGCCGGUACUUCUGCACGCGAUAUCUAGUUUCCCGAAAGAAACCCUUGCGAAGACCUCGCCACUAGUCUUGCAAGGGUUGAAGCUCUGUAUUGACCAGCCAGGACCCCUCCGGAGCGAGAUUAUGACAUCGCCCGACUUCUGGGUUGUCUUGCGCAUCCUUGCCGGCAACUCCAGCGCGUCCCCGAUAGUCUUUGAUAUCCUCGAGGGUGGUGUUUCGGGCUCGCCGUCGGCAAUAAUCGCGGACAACUACGAAGCCGCGAUAGCCUUGCUGAACGACUACGCCAGUGCCGCCAAAGUGGGAGCACUCGUAGAGCAGAAGGGCGAAAAACGGCAGAGGAAUGCUCGGCCGCCCAAGAAAGAGGCACCAAGUGAAAAUGCGGUCGUCGCGCGGGGUGUCAAGGCCGUCAACCUCAUUUCGAGUAUGACUGCCCGUAUCCCUUACCUGAUGAAGCAGUCACACCUCGAAAAUAGUGAGGCUUGGUCGGCCUAUUGGUUGCCCAUCUUCCAGGCUCUCACGACGCAAUGCACCAACCCGUGUCGCGAAGUGCGACACCUGGCCUUCUCAUCACUGCAGAGGUCCCUCCUGUCACCGGAGCUGACGUGUAGCGACCACGAAGAGUGGACGGCCAUAUUUAGUGAAGUCCUGUUCCCUCUGAUCUUGAGGUUGCUGAAGCCAGAGGUCUAUUCCUCGGACCGGGACGGCAUGAGCGAGACUCGCGUGCAAGCCGCCUCCCUGCUCUGCAAGACUUUUCUGCAGUACCUCGUGCUCCUCUCGAAGUGGGAUGGAAUGCUAGAUCUGUGGCUGAAGAUUAUCGAUAUUAUGGAUAGGCUGAUGAAUAGCGGUCAGGGGGACAGCUUGGAGGAGGCCGUACCCGAGAACCUAAAGAAUGUACUGCUAUUCAUGGCUAGUAGCGGGUACCUUGUUCCGCCGAGCAAGAAUCCUUCUCAGGAGCAACUUUGGGUGGAGACAUGGAAGCGGAUAGACCGUUUUCUGCCGGAUCUGCGGAAUGAAUUGGCAUUAGACGAGCCAGAAGUCACUCCGGAAGCUCCUCCGGCCGCUGUCCCGGAGGGGCAGGAGGAUCCCGUACAGGCAGAAGCAGAGCCGCCAGACGAGGAGAAGAGCAACGCCCAAGAACAAGAUGCCGUGGCCCGAGAGGAGAAAUGAUUGAAAAGCCAAAGCAGUCAGGGGACACGAGCGAUGCAUAAAUAGGGGCAUAAGCCGUAGAAAGGGAGCAAGAGAGGGCAUAGUGGGAAACUACAAGGGUGGUGGUGAUGGCGCGCUUCAUGCGGGGGCCUGUACAGUAAUAAAACUAGAGACUCAGCCGCCGAGGCGGGAAUGCGUGUCUCUCCCUAUGGAUGGAGACAACAAGACAGAUGCUUAGGUGCUUUCGCGAUGAUUUAUGGCUUCCUCCCGAGCAUAGUCAGGAAUGGCGCAGAGUUGUCGAACAGCCUAUGUACCUCUGGUUGCAGUGCUUGAUUCGGUACAUAAUAUAGCAUAUGGACCACAA